GGGAGGGAGGGAGGAAACUCAGACACAACAGUAGGAAGCACUUGGAAUCUGGAGUCCGGCAGUCCAGCAAAUGGAAAUUCUGCCGGCUUUACCAUUUGACCAGUUUUGCUGUAUUUUGUGAGUUUUCUUUAAAACGAUUGACACAUGUUCCUUCAGGCAAUCAGUUUGAGAAGGAAAAUCGGCGUUGCUACCUUGGAUGGAAAACUUAGCGUUGCUGGCCGUGAAAUGAAGGAAGACUUAAACUGAAAUACAAUGGAAACAGUCCAGUCCAUGAAAUUGUUGGAAAUUGAAAGAGAAUUGAAAAGGGAAUAACUUGUACUCUGUGAUUUCCAUGUUGUCAAAUCACAUGGACCAUGUCAGUUAUCUUUUACUCAGUUCCCAGCUCACGCUUUGCAGACAACUCACACUAAACUAGUGUCUGUCUCACCAAGUCUGUUUCCUCUUUUCCUAGCUCCCAGAAGACUUAUUUAAUGCACACUUAACAUAGCACUUACCAUCUGCCGAGCGUUGUUCUAAGGGCACUUUGUUUGUGCACUCGUGACUCAGGGCAGCUAACAACAACAACAACGUCAUUCUUAUUUUACAGUGGAGGGACAUGAAGUCCAGAAAGGUUAAUCCGCUUGCCCAGAGUCACAGUUAAGCCAAAAGCCAUACCUGUUGCCGUCGAGUCAAUUCCAGCUCAUGGAGACCCCAGAUGUUACACAGUAGAGCAGCUCCAUGGGGUUUUCUUGGCUGUAAUUUUUACAGAAGCAGAUCUCCAAGCCUUUCUUCCACGGUGCCAUUGGGUUCAUUUGACCCGCCAAACUUUAGAAAGUCAGCACUGGACGUGGGUUUUUAAGAUGGCAGAGAGAGGAAAUCGAGCCCAGCUGGGAAUUCUGCAGCGCUAGGGGGAGAAUACAAGUAUUUACAGGAUUCUGGCUCCAAGGAGCAGCAUCGGGGCCAGGGAGACGAUGGUCUCUGUGACUAUGGGUGAGUUGUGGCCUCCUCUCCGGAGCCCCCUCUCCCCACUGCCCUUUUUGAGCCACAUCUGAGUGGAUCCAGUUCUUUAAGGAAGCCGGCAUUCCUCCGGGGCCUGCUGUCAAUUACGCCGUGAUGUUUGUGGAUAAUAGGAUCCAGAAGAGCAUGCUGUUGGAUCUCAAUAAGGAAAUCAUGAAUGAGCUGGGCGUGACUGUGGUGGGAGACAUCAUCGCCAUCCUCAAGCACGCCAAGGUGGUGCACCGCCAGGCCGGGAGCUCUGUACGUGUGAACCAGAUGGUGACUUGGCCAACGACAUGGCCCUUCCAGUCCCGGCUCCUUACUUACAGACCUCAGACCAGUGGUUUCCCUUUGCUGAGUGUCUUGAAGCGAGCUUUCCACACAGGCUGCCGCACAGGGUGGCUGUGGCCACUCGCUGCACCUGCCAGGCUGGGACGACGUGCUUGUGAAAUGGACAUGUGCAAAGCUGCCACUGAAUCGGUGCCCUGCAGCCCCAGCCCCCUCCCAGUGGAGAUUCGCCGUGGCCCCUCCAGCGCCGCCUCUCGAAUGAUCGCCAACAGCCUGAAUCGCGACUCCCCACCCGGCACUCCCCCCAGGCGGCCAGACACCAGCACCUCCAAGAUCUCCAUCACAGUGUCCAACAAGAUGGCAACAAAGAGCGCCAAAGCCGCUGCAGCCCUGGCCCGCCGGGAGGAGGAGAGCCUGACUGUUCCCGCCAAGCGGCGCCGGGUCACUGCGGAGAUGGAGGGGAAAUACAUCAUCAACAUGCCCAAAGGCACCACCCCCCGGACCCGCAAGAUCCUGGAGCAGCAGCAGGCAGCCAAAGGUCUCCACAGGACGUCCGUGUUUGACCGCCUUGGUGCUGAGACCAAGGCAGACACGACAACAGGGAGUAAGCCCACAGGAGUCUUCAGCCGCCUGGGGGCCACCCCAGAGCUGGACGAGGAUCUGGCUUGGGACAGUGACAAUGACAGCAGCAGCUCUGUCCUGCAAUAUGCUGGCGUCCUGAAGAAGCUGGGCCGGGGUGCAACCAAGGCAAGCCCCCAGCCAGCACUGACUGUCAAAGCCAAGGCCACCAGCUCAGCGGCUACAACUGCCGCCCCAACGCUGCGGCGCCUGGCGCUUCCCCCACGCCCUGGGGUGGAGAAGAAGCCCGAGUCCCUGUCCAAAGUCAGCAUCAUCCAGAGACUGGGCAAGGCCGCCCUUGUGCCCGAGGCGCAGGACAGCCAGGUCACAAGCACCAAGAGUAAGUCCUCGGCUGAGGUCAAGGUGACCAUUAAGAGGACUCUGGUGGGGCCCCGGGGGAGCAGCUCCAGCGAGAGCCUUGGUGCCCAGAUGGACCAUGCAGGCACCGUGAGCGUGUUCAAAAGACUGGGCCGCAGGACCUUCUAGCCCCUGUGUGGGGCGGGGCAUGGCGGCAGCACCCCCAGCUGCUGGCCCCGGCCCCUCUACAGCUCCUGGCUCCGCAGUCUUCCGCGAAGGCUUGCUCACCCGUCCCUGCCAGCUUCCGGAUGACACUGCUUAUCUCCCUCAGGCAUCCAGGCGGGGCCCCAGUGUCCUGGGAAUUCACCCCAGAAGUUUUCUUUAGUCUGGGACGGUCAUCGUGGCCUGGCCUUGCCCACUCUGGGACUUCCCCUUCUCUCGGUCCCCUCUAUUCUCUCCUCUCUAGCUGUGGCCUUGGCAAGACCCACUUCUCUACCUUCCCCAAGGGCCACGUCCCUCUAAACCCCUCUGCCCCCCUCAGCAGCAUCUGCUGCCUCAAACCCCAGCCACUCUGUUCUCUGCCGCCCUGGGGGCAUCACCUAGAGGGUCUCCUGGACCCCCUGCCCUGACGUCUCUCUCCCCCCACUCCUCUGCACCUUCCUCUGCUGCUUUAAUGCCUUCAGUCUCUCCUUGUCUUCACUCUGUUCAUUUCUUUUCUGUUUUCUGUCCCUGUGGCAAGGCCCGACUGUCCGCCGCAUCCUGCCCGGCCCGCCUGAACCUCCGGCCUCCCAGCGGCCCCCUCGUCGUCGGUGGCGUCGAGCCUGUAGAGACUGUUAGCCGCCCUCCGCUACCGGGCUGGAGGGGCCUCCCCAACCCUGAGCCAUACCCAGGGCACCUCAGUUUCCCUGCACUGGGCAUCUUUUUCUCUGAAAGUCUGUGGUGGGUGACGGGCAGGGGCCCUGGGAAGGGAGGCCAGUGCUGAGAGAGAAGACAGCUGUUUUAAUAUAUUUUUGUGACUUUCAAACUGUUUCCCUCCCCUUCUUAAGGGUGAGUUGCAGAAUGUGUUUCACACAAAGCACACUGGGGAGGGGGGCUGGCGAGGGUUGGGUGCUGUCUGAAGGUCCACCCCCUGCACAUGCGGUCAGGGCUUGCUGCGGGCCCCCGAGACAUGGCGCUAGCUCACCAUUCUGUGAGCUCCUCCCCCAAGAGGAACAAGUUCCCAAGGUUCUGUCACCCUACACCCCGCAUAGAUGUUACCUUUUCUGCCAUUCUGCCUGUUGCCUCUUGGGCCCUCUUGUGAGGCAGUGGGUUUCCGUAUGGAUGAUUGCUCUUUCACUCACGGCCGUACACCCCCUUCUCUGUGCCAGGCCCUGUUUGGUGCCAGGAACCCAGCAGUGAACAAGAAAGGUCCCCGCCUGAGUGGCCGACUUCUCUAACGAGGGAGAUGGGUGGUAAAGUAACAAUGCUGCCCACAAAAUCGGAGGGAUGAGUAGAAAGUACCCAGGGCCAUCCAGGUUUGGGGAGUGGGAAAGCCUUUCAGAGGGGUGAUGUGUAGGCUGUGGGAAAGCCUUUCACAGGGGUGACAUGUAGGCCGAGCUGGGAAGGAGGAGCUGGCUGUGUGACAUUCAGGAGGUAGGGUUCCAGGCAGUGAGACCACAAGGCCGUGUGGCUGGGUGCGGUA